AUGACGACGCUCCUUCGCCCAAGCACGCGGCAAGUCGCGCGGCUGGCAUCCCUGUCCUUCCGGACGACAGCGAGACCGAGCAUCGGCAUUUCGAGGUUACCCAGGUCACGGCUUCCCGCCUGCGCGCAUCAAAUACCGCGGUAUUACUCGUCCGAGUCACCCAACAACAACAAGAAGCCCGAGAGCAACUCAAGUAAGAACAAGAAGGAUGCCGAGGACAAGAACAAGGAGGUCAAUGGCGCCACAAAGAAGGAGGAGGAGCCGUCCGGCGAGGAUGGCAAGGUGAACGCGUCUGAGGUCAAGGAGGACACCAAGGAUCCCCUCCCGCCCGGAUGCGUCUACCUCAGCGACCAGGAGAUCAAGGCGCUGAUGGAGAUGCUGUCGAGGGUGCCCCCAGCGCAGACAAAGUACGUGGGCGAGGUCAUCCAAGACAUCAAGAAAUACGGCGCGCCCGUCGAGCUGCGGGAGCUGCUGCUCAAGUUCAAGGACCAGGGCCUCAGUGUGGCCGAUACCAUGAAGGUGCUGCGGACCACUCAGCUCCUAGCCCAGCGGCUUAACGAGGCGAAGAAGGGCAAGGCGACAGACGACAUGUUCGACUCCAACGAGCCGCGGAAUCCGUUCGCCUCGGGCCAACAGCAGCAGCAGCAGCAAGGCUCCGAGCAAGGACGGCAGGGCAAGGGUGGACCGAACAACAAGGACAACCAAGGACGACCCAGGGUGUUUGACGGCAGCGACUUUAUGACGUGGGUUGUCGGCGCCAUGCUCCUCUAUCCUCUCUACUCCAUGAUCUUCCCCGGCGAGUCCUCCCGCGAGAUCACCUGGCAAGAGCUGCGCAGGAACUUCCUGGACAAGGGUCUCGUUGAGAAGCUUGUCGUCAUUAAGGAUCGCGUGCGGGUCGAGCUCAACCGCGAGGCCACCCAGCAGAUGUAUCCUGACUCCGUCGCCGCCAACCCCAACUUCCACUACUACUUCACCAUCGGCUCCGUCGACGCUUUCGAGAGGAGAGUCGAGGAGGCCCAGGAUGAGCUCAACAUCCCGCCCUCCGAGAGGAUCCCGGUCGCGUACAUGACGGAAGGCGUUAUCGGCAGCUUUCUUCUUGCGUUUGGCCCUACCCUGAUGAUCGUCGGUCUCCUCUACUGGAUGUCCAGGAGAGCUGGCGGCGGCAUGGGCGGAGGCUCCAGCGGAGUGUUCGGAUUCGGCAAAAGCAAAGCUAAGCGCUUCAACCACGAGUCUGCGGUCAAGGUCAAGUUCGCCGACGUUGCCGGCAUGGACGAGGCCAAGCUGGAGAUCAUGGAGUUUGUCAGCUUCCUCAAGACUCCCGAGAAGUUCCAGAGGCUAGGUGCCAAGAUCCCCCGCGGUGCCAUUCUUGCUGGUCCUCCCGGUACUGGUAAGACGCUGCUGGCCAAGGCUACUGCCGGCGAGUCUGGCGUCCCCUUCUUCAGCGUCAGCGGUUCCGAAUUCGUCGAGAUGUUUGUCGGUGUCGGUGCUUCCCGUGUGCGAGACCUCUUCGCUACGGCCCGCAAGAACUCUCCCUGCAUCAUCUUCAUUGAUGAGAUUGAUGCUAUUGGCAAGUCUCGUAGUGACGGCAGUCGGUUCGGCGGCAACGAGGAACGCGAGGCGACGCUCAACCAGAUCCUGACCGAGAUGGACGGUUUCAACACCUCGGAGCAGGUGGUCGUCCUCGCCGGCACCAACAGGCCCGAUAUCCUGGACAAGGCGCUCAUGCGACCCGGCCGUUUCGACCGUCACAUCAAUAUUGACCGGCCUACGAUGAAGGGACGGCAGGACAUCUUCAAGGUCCACCUGAAGAAGAUCACGACGAACGAGGACCUUGAGUAUCUGACUGGCAGACUCGCGGCCUUGACGCCUGGUUUCGCUGGCGCUGACAUUGCCAAUGCCGUCAACGAAGCCGCACUCAUUGCUGCCAGAGCCAACGCUACCAGCGUCGAGAUGAUCCACUUUGAGCAAGCCAUCGAGCGUGUUAUUGGCGGUCUCGAGCGCAAGUCUCUGGUCCUCAACCCCGAGGAGAAGCGCACCGUCGCCUACCACGAGGCCGGCCACGCCAUCUGCGGCUGGUACUUCAAGUACGCCGACCCCCUGCUCAAGGUCUCCAUCAUCCCCCGCGGCUCGGGCGCCCUCGGCUACGCCCAGUACCUGCCCCAGGGCGACGCCUACCUGAUGACGGUCAACCAGCUCAUGGACCGCAUGGCCAUGACCCUGGGCGGCCGCAUCUCGGAGGAGAUCCACUUCCCGACCGUCACCUCGGGCGCCAGCGACGACUUCCGCAAGGUGACGCGCAUGGCGACGACCAUGGUGACCGAGUGGGGCAUGUCGGAGAAGCUGGGGCCCCUGCACUUCAAGCGCGACCAGAACGAGCUGCAGAAGCCCUUUGCCGAGUCGACGGCGCAGGUCAUCGACUCGGAGGUCCGGCGCAUCGUCGACGAGGCCUACAAGCAGUGCAAGGACCUGCUGCUCGCCAAGAAGAAGGAGGUGGGCAUCGUGGCCGAGGAGCUGCUGCGCAAGGAGAUGCUCACGCGCGACGACAUGGUGCGCCUGCUCGGCCCGCGGCCCUUUGCCGACAACGACGAGUUCACAAAGUUCUUCAACAACGAGGGCGGCGGCAAGAGCGCGCCGCCGCCGUUCCCGACCGAGAACACGGACGAGAGCGUCAAGGGCCCGCAGCCUGCUGUUUUUCAAGGUCGGGGGGAGGAGGCGAGGUAG